AUGGACUACAUCGAGAAACUCGCAAAAGAGGCUCAGAACCUCACCAUGUACGAUGUCAAGUCGUACUACAAUCAGGCCAAAAAUAUGGUACUGAACGUUUCGGAAAUGGAAGCGAAAGUGAGGGAAGCAACGAACGAUGAUCCAUGGGGUGCAAGCUCAACGUUGAUGCAGCAGAUUGCUGAUGGUGCCCAAUUCAACGAGAUCAUGCCCACUAUCUAUUCUAGGUUCAUGGAGAAGGAAGCUCGGGAAUGGAGACAGAUCUACAAGGCUUUAACCCUCCUCGAGUUCUUGGUCAAGAACGGUUCAGAGCGAGUCGUCGAUGAUGCCAGAGCUCAUGUAUCUACCAUCAAGAUGUUGAGAAGUUUCCACUACAUAGAUGAGAAAGGCAAAGAUCAAGGUAUAAAUGUACGAAAUAGAGCAUCGGAAAUCGCAUCGUUGUUAGGUGACGUCGAUAAGAUACGAAGUGAGAGGAGAAAAGCUAAAUCGAACAAGAACAAGUACCAGGGCGGUGGUAAUGAUGGUGGGAUGAGCUUUGUCACCUCGAGUGGAAGUAGGUAUGGUGGAUUUGGAAGUGAUAGUUUAGGAGGCGGGGGCGGGGGCGGAGGUGGAGGCGGUGCUGGGGGCUCGAGGUACGGUAGAAAUGAUUACGAUGCUGGUGAUGAAUACCGAUCUUCCUCGCGAACCUUCCGAGAUACUUCCGCUAAGACAGAGUACGACGAAUACGAAGGAGCCGAUGAUUUCGAUGAUCAACCUCCUCGUCGUACCGCUCCUUCAUCUAGCCGAGCAACUAGCGGUGCCAGUCACAGAGCUCCCCCUAAACCGGUAGCCAAGCAAGAGAAACCUGUUGAAAAGCCUAAAGAAGUCAACUUGUUCGAUUUUGACGAUGACGAACCUGCUUCAUCGGCUCCUGCUGCCGCUCCGGUACCUCCUGCAGCAGCAGCUCCUUCUUUCGGUGGAGAUGACGAUUUUGAUGACUUCCAACAAGCUCCUUCAUCUUCCGCUCCAGCCCCAGCACCUGCGUCGACUGGGAACGCCAACGCCAACCUGUUCAACCUUCUCAACUCCAACAAAUCAUUUGUCCCUGCGCCUCAACCUCAAGCUCAACCUCCGUCGUUUGGUCAAGCUCCUCCACCAGGAUACAAUUUCUCUUCCCCACCCAUCGCUCAAGCUCAAGCACCUUCUUUCGCUUCUCGACCUUCCUACUCUUCUGCAUCUAGUCAAGUGACUGCUCCUCCUGUCACUUCACCAGCAGCCAAACCAAGUGGAGCAUCCACUUUCGAUGAUCUGUUCACCUCAUCUUUGACUUCUAUGGGCGGACAAAGUACGAAUAAGCAAGCGGGUGGUCAAAAGACAAUCAAGGAUUUGGAAAAGGAGAAGACGAUGAAUUCUCUUUGGGGCUCGUCUGCUACGACUCAAUCACAGGGUGGGUCACAAGCCAAAAAUCAACAGGCUCAGGCUGCUCAGAACUUGAGUGGUGGUGACUUUGAUGAUUUGCUUUUGUAA